CCUGGUCUGUCUGUUAAGAACACUAGAGUCAUGGAUGGUUCCAAUAAAACACCAGUGAAAUGUGAAGUAGUGAAGGAAAAUUUGAAAGCAGGUGAAGCGGCUUCUUCUACUCAGGUCUCAGGUGGUUGCUGCGGUUCGAAGAACAGAUGUGGCUUCAUCCCGCCGGAAUACCGGCAUGAGCUGGUACAACUGUUCAAACUGGGGGGACCAGUGGUCAUUUCCCAGUUGAUGGUAUUUUUGAUUGGUUUUGUCAGCACUGUGUUCUGUGGUCAUCUGGGAAAAACUGAACUUGCAGCAGUAGCGUUAUCAAUAGCAGUGGUUAAUGUCACUGGUGUGUCCAUUGGCACUGGUUUGUCAUUAACUUGUGAUACCUUAAUAUCUCAGACGUAUGGGGGCGGUAACUUGAAGCGUGUGGGAGUGAUUCUCCAGAGGGGGGUACUGAUUCUGCUGCUGGCCUGUUUCCCCUGCUGGGCUGUUCUCAUCAACACGGAAGUUCUCCUACUUGCUGUCAGACAGAGCCCAGAGGUUGCAAGUCUCUCCCAGCUGUAUGUGGAGAUCUUCAUGCCUGCUCUGCCGGCUGCUUUUAUGUAUCAGCUGCAAGGGAGGUAUCUUCAAAAUCAGGGAAUCAUAUGGCCCCAGGUUAUAACCGGAGGGAUUGCAAAUAUCCUCAAUGCAAUCAUCAACUACGCUUUCCUGUACGGUCUGGAGAUGGGCGUUGCUGGAUCUGCUGCAGCCAAUGCUAUCUCACAGUAUUUGCUAGCUGUGCUCCUGUACGUUUAUAUCUGCUGGAAGGGUUUGCAUAAGGCCACAUGGGGAGGUUGGUCGCUGGACUGUCUGCAGGAGUGGGGACCCUUCAUUCGUCUGGCCAUCCCCAGUAUGCUCAUGCUUUGUCUGGAGUGGUGGAUGUUCGAAAUAGGAGGAUUCCUGGCCGGAGUGAUCAGUGAGGCUGAGCUGGGAGCUCACUCCAUCGUUUAUGAGCUCACCGUUGUAGCUUACAUGUGCCCAAUGGGAUUCGCUGUUGCUGCAAGUGUACGGGUUGGGAAUGCUCUCGGUGCAGGAAACAUAGAGCAGGCCAAGCUGUCUUGCAAAGUCCCCAUCAUUUGUACAUUCAUAAUUGCAUGUGUAGUUGGAGCCAGCCUUAGUGUUGCCAGAGACGUUAUUGGAUAUAUCUUCACAUCAGAGCCAGACAUUUUACAGAGGGUUUCUGACGUCAUGAUCAUGUUUUGCUUCUUGCAUCUUGGUGAUGCUGUUGCGGGUGUGACUGGAGGCGUUCUCAGAGGAGCAGGGAAACAGUCGAUUGGUGCUCUUUGCAACCUGGUGGGGUUCUAUUUCAUUGGUGUCCCCAUUGGUGUGUCCCUAAUGUUUGCAGUAGAUAUGGGCAUUGUAGGGCUAUGGACAGGACUUACCAUUUGUACAUUACUGCAGUCAGUUUUCUUUGUCACAUUUGUGUGCAAACUCAAUUGGAAGAAGGCUGCUGAAGAGGCUCUUCUGAGAGCAGGAGUCCAGAUCAAAGAAGAAAAAGAGAUGGUUGGGAUGGAAAAUACAGAGUCCCAGGUCAGUGCCACUGCAUCCAAAUGUGAGAGUGCUGAGGAUGACCACACAUAUCAGGAUGUGCACAAUCUAGACCAGAAUAAAACCACUACCACUACAGUGGGAAAUGUUCUGUCAAUAACACAGCUGGUUUUACGGCGUGGCUUUGCAUUGCUGUUCAUGGUCGUCAUCCUCAUCGCUGGAAUCUUCAUAAGCAACUUUCUCACUAAGAUGCUGAAAUGAAUGAUCUGAUAGACCUAAUAUUUUCUUGUCAGCACUGCAUCACCUCAAAGUGAAAGGGUUACUGGUGCUUUGACAGGGGUUGACAUUAACACUCACCCAAGGCAAGAUAAGGAGAGAAUGCCCCAAGUGAAAAAUAAAUGCAAUGUCCACUGUAAUGUUAUCUGAAAUAAACUACGCACUGUAACGCUGAGCUUGUUCAGCUAAGCUGUGUGCAUGAGUCUGUCUCACCACUAAGUAUUUAAUAGGACUAGGAAGAAAAAUUAGACAUAAUGGAUGUUAUAUAAGUUAACUCUGGUGUUGACAAUGUCAUUUACAACAUAACACUACUAACCAAUCACUGUCAUGAAAUUUAUGCUCAGUAUCAGGUUGUUCGCUGCAUGCCUUUCAGUCCUUCGUGUUUGGCUUGAUGUACAUCUACCUACAUUAACAAUUUGGUAUGAUGAAUUUUCAUCAAUUCUUCCUUAUGAGAGGCUGUCUGAUGUAUUGCAAGGAACUUCAGAUGAAUAAGUAAAAGUAUGGUCCCCAUUCAGUAAAUAUUUGGUAGUGAAAAGUCGGCAAAAAGCCUUAUUGGAGUAGACUGACCAUGAUAUGCUUGUCAACCCUUUGUUUCAUUAUUGCUGCAAAGAUCGAACAAGUUGUCGCUUUUUUGUUUGUGGUUCGUUUUGAAUGUUUAUGUGUCUGUAUUUGUAUUUAUUCUGGGACAGCAAAACAGUGUCUAAAGAAUUUGACUGUAAAUACUGUUCUACUGUUGUGCUCUUAAACAAUAAAAAAGACAGUUAUAAAAAAUUUUUAAAAAUCACUGUAAUGCUACAUGCGAGAGAGUGACUUACUAUUCUUAGCCCAAAAGCUAAUGUUAGCCAUCCUGCCACUUCAGCAAGGGCUCCGGAGUGACUGUAUUUCUUUAAGAAGCUUUGUAAACAAGCCUUGAACUGCAGUGCCUUUUUGGAGAAUUAAAAGCUGUAAAAUAACUACAUAUUGAUAAACCCAACACUGAAUUUCCUCUGUCAUCUUUUAUCUGUUUUUAUAAUUACAAAUGAGAUUUGAAAAAUGUUUAACUUUGGGUUACACAUGUGCUCGUCACUGUCACCAGCUAUCCAAUCACAGUAGAGCAGGGGCAUGACAAAUCCCACAGCUACC